AUGGCGACUGAUGGGGAACCGGGUAUAGUGGAAUAUUAUGGAUCUGGUGGUGCACAUAGAUGUGGUUACUGUGGUAACAAUGGCAACUGUUCUCAUGGAAUGUGGUCCCAUUCUUUAACUGUCCAGGAUUACCAGGACCUUAUUGACAGAGGAUGGAGAAGGAGUGGAAAGUACUGCUAUAAACCUACAAUGAAUAAGACUUGCUGCCCACACUACACCAUCAAAAUGGAGGCAUUGAACUUCAAGUUGAACAAAUCCCACAAAAAGAUACUAAAGCAAAUGAACAAGUACCUUAUACACGGUAGUGUGAAGGGUGAGGCUUCCAAACCUUCAGAAGAUAAACCGAAGUCGGAUGUAAGUGGAGCAGAAAAAACUGCAGAAGACAGCAGCAAUAUAAAAAAUACUGAUGUUAUGGAUAGUCAUGCAGCGAAAGCACCUCCUAAACCAGGUUCAGGAGCUGAUCCUAACAAGCCACCAAUGAGGAAAGCCAAGGACAUUCGUUUAGAAAAGAAAAAGUCACGAGAGCUGAUAAAACUACAGAGUAUGACCAAGGAGGAGGCUAUGGCUGCACAGGAGUUGGCUAAAGGCCUUGACCGUGAGGCUAGUACCAUGAGCUCAGUCAGCGUGUGUAGUACGCAGAAGAAUGAAGCAAAGACACUGGCUGACUAUCUCAGUGAACCUGACAAAGCAGAGAAGUGUGCUCAUAAGCUGGAGAUUAGACUUGUAAGGUCGAAUCCACGAAGUAAGGAAUUUGAUGAGUCAUUCAAAGAGUCACAUCAGGUCUACCAUAAAUACCAGAUGGGCAUCCACCACGACCCCUCGCAUAAACCUAGUGAGAGCCAGUACACUCGCUUCCUGUGUGACUCUCCCCUACAGGAGAUGACAAAGAAGGGUGGAAUUCCAAUGGGAUAUGGUUCCUUCCAUCAACAUUAUGUAUUGGAUGGUAAAAUUAUUGCUGUAGGUGUCAUUGACAUUCUUCCUUAUUGUGUGUCAUCUGUCUACCUCUACUACCACCCGGAUUAUGACUUUCUAUCUUUAGGAACAUAUACAGCACUUAGGGAAAUAGCCUUUGUUCAAGAGCUCAACAAGAAAGCCCCUGACCUUAUAUAUUAUUACAUGGGAUACUACAUACAUUCCUGUCCAAAAAUGAAAUAUAAGGGUCAAUACUUCCCAUCAUUCCUAUUGUGUCCAGAGACCUACACCUGGCUACCUAUAGCAGAAUGUACACCUAAACUAGAUGUCAAUAAAUACUCGAGGUUUGCUGCUGAAGAAGUGGAGGAUGAAGGUGGAAAACUUGAGAUCAACAAUGUGCUUGUACUGUUCUGUCGACAAAUUAUGACUUAUGAAAUCUACAAAGCUUUGAAUGCAAGAGCACGGGAUGCAAAAGAAGUGCUGGAGUAUGCCCUUUUAGUGGGGAAGAAAUGUGCACAGAGAAUGUUGUUGUUUAGAAAAUCAUAGACAUAUUUAAUGGUGAACAUAUCUGUGUGGUUUUUUACCUUAGCUGUAUUACUUUAUUGUUAGUUAUGCUAAUAAUUUUAUUUACCGACGCACAAAGUCCGUCCAGCAGCAACUUCAUCUUGUACAACAUUUUAAGACUUGUAACUUACCUACAUGAUAUUGAAAGUCUUAAAGUUUGGCCAGAAUUGCUUCAAUGGAUGGACAUCAUGUCAUCAGGUGAAUUGGGUUAGUCCAUUUAGGUCACAGGGUGUAAAUGUGAUUAUGUCUGACUGAUUGAUCAAAUGAACAAGUAAUAAGAAUGUACCCAUAAGUGUAAGUUAUCAGGUUUUAUAUACAAUCUCUUGUACAAUAUACAGUACUUUCAGCUCCCCAUAUGAUAUAUAAUCGUCUUUCUGUUUAUGUGCGAGUCCAUUUGUCUUUCUGUUUAUGUGCGAGUUCAUUUGUCUUUCUAAGAAGAAUGAUCAUUGAAAUAAAAAUGCACCUGCAAUAAUUUAAUUUAGUAAAGGAUUAACCUCUUAGAGUCAAUGGGCUAGAGGUGAAUAAUUUUCCAUUUUGAAAAUAAAACAGAAAUGGAUGUUGUCAGGAAUUUGAGAAAAUAUAGACAGUAAUCAGGCUCAACAAACAUAACAUAAUUCCUGGAAGGAUGAACCCUACUGAUUUUACUUAUUAUUGUCUCAAAGAUAAAGGUCACAUCAGUCUUACAACAAACAGGAGUAAAACAGAUGUUUGUUAAUUACAAGGUCACAAUGCCGUUGUUAUGUUAUAUUGUAUUUAUUACAUGAUGUCAGUUUGUUUAAUCUUUAUAAUCAGCAUGGAUACACUAUGCCAUAUGAUAUUAGUGAUGUCUUUGAUGAAAUGUUGCUACAUGUCUCUGUUUCUUUGUAAGAUAUGUGAAUGUAAACUCUUGGAAGUAUUGCUCACAUAGAUAUGUACACAAUGUACACAAAUACAAGCCCUUGAUCAGUGAUGAUUUUUGUGUAUAACAAUCUUAUUUAAUAACUGGUAUAUUAUCCCAUAACUGAGUACAAGAAAGCAGUGUAUGUUUCACUAGUAUGGUAAUUCUUAUUUUAGCAAAUUCUUCAAAUAUUUGUCAUGUUUCCUAUCAAACUGACUCCCCCACCCCCACCCCCAUCCCUCUGACACAUAUUAAAACCUCUCUUUCUGUUACUAUUGAUUAUGUCAUAAUGCCUGAAGAUGGCUGCUAGGCCUGAAAACAUUAGUGAACUAACUUAUUGGUUUUAACUUUUUAAUCAUCUAACCAAUGCACAAUGUAAAUACAAGUUAAACCAACAUAUGUAUUCAAACUGUAGAUUUUAUCCAAUCGUUUCUCCUUAAAUUUCUCAUCAUCAUUACAGCUGACUUUUUUACUAACACUGUAAAAAUAAGAUAGUGAUUUUGUGUAGUGAAGAGCAUUGAAUUAUUGAACAUUCAUCAACCUUGUGCAAUUUUGUUGGAAUUGAAGUAGAAAGAAAACAAAUGUAGAAUUGUAGAAUACACUAUCAUUUUAUUGUAAAUUUAUUUUUCAAUACAUUUUUUUGUACUUAGGAUGUUAGUUAGAUUACAUGGUUAAUGUUAUAUUAAUGUUUUGUGAAAUCUUUGAAGAUUUUAUUUGAUCAGAUGCAAUAAUAAAACUUGAUCAUUCUUGCACAUGAACAUAUGAAAUACAAUUUAAUAUUCAAUCUCUUCUGAACUCUAUGUUUGUAAUGCUCUGUAGAAAUUGAUAAAAUAAUACACAUCUCUUGGUACCAAUUUAGAUUUGAUAUACUUUAAUGCAGAAAUAUAUUUUGACAGGAGAAAAAGAAUUAUGAAAAAACCAUCAAAGGAUAGUUGGAUAUACUUUAUGCGUAAGUGAGUUUGACAACCAUAUUGAAACUUUAAUCUUCACAUAUUAAGAAAGCACUUCUGUAUUUUAAAACGUGUUAACUGAAUAUUUGUUAAUUUAUUUUUUGUGUUGUGUACAUAUACAUUCUACUCAUGUUACCAGGAGGAAACUGCUCAGUAAUACAUGUCAUUGGACUUGAACUUUCUAAUUUUUAUGUCGCUGAUGAUGCAUUUUCAUGUUUUAAUACAUUUGUGUAAUUUUACAAUGUUCUUAUGAUCCACUUUGAGUUGAAUUCACAUGGCCAACUAAACAAAAAAGAAAUUGCAACAUGAAAUUUCCUACAUUAAAUUAGGCAUGAUUUUGUGUAAUGUUAUCAGACACCAUGAAGCUCCACAUUGCUCAUCGAUAUGAAUAGCAUUGGCCUUGUUGAUGUACAUGUGUACAUGCAAUCUUGAAUUUAAUUAUAUUUUGUAUCAGAUGAGUAAAAAAAUAAACUUUCUGUACACCAGAGUAAAA